CACGAGAUACCUAUAUAAUCCUACUCAAUGUAAUUUACGCGAAAAACCCAAAAACACAAAAGUAAAGGGUUUCCAAAAUUGUGGAACUGGAAUGUGGAUGGAUGGAUAGAGUACUUUGUAAAUAUGUAUAGGAAAGAUGGAUGCCAACAGAUGCCAGAUUGGUGCACAAAGUUGUCCAUCUUCUGGCUAGAAUCCAGAGCUGUAAAGCCAGUUAAAAAAAUGUCUUGACAGUUGACGCAGGCUUGGCAAAACUUGAUUGUUGUAUGAUUUGAACAAGUUUGAACACCACUAAAAACCUGCCAAAAAUUAUUUUUUUUUAUAUUUUUUUAUUUUUAAUAGAGACACACAAUAUUAAAACUAAACAAUAGGAAACACAAACAUAAAGCAUAUACACCACAACAGUCUCCAACGAAAAGUUCACACACAUUAAACAAACCAAAUAGCGGGGUAUAAGAAGGCAGGUACAGAAACCUUAUAACAAUAGGUUAGUUACAUAAAAUUAAAACAAAACAAAACUGACUAGUGAAGCUAGUCAAUUUUGGACAUAAUGUCCCUAACUGCUGAUUUAUAUGGUUGCAACUUCUAAUAAAUGUGUUAGUAGCAUGUUUUGUCUUGCUUGGUGUUAUGUAAAACAAUUUCGGAUGCUUAGAGUUAAUCUGUGGACACUUUAGGGAUAUUUUGGAAAUUAGAUAUGGAGAGUCAACGCCGUUGUUCAGGAGUUGUUGAGGAAAAUGCCAAAAACUUCCUGGUCUGUGGCAACCAAUGUACUCUGUGGUCUGUGGUGCAGAAAACACAAAAAAUAGAUAAACAAAGGCAUAAAGGGUAAACCAAAAUGGUGGAAUGUGGAUGCCAAAAUUCCAGAUAGAUGCGCUUACAAAGUUCUCAAUCUUCUAGUUAGAAUCCAGAGCUGUAAAUCCAGUUCAAAAAAAUUAUGUUUUUACAGGACACAGAGUAUCGUAGUGAUUACAUACUCUUUGGUCACAGACUAUAGUGAUCUGUGGUCAAGAGCACAGACCACGAAUCCGGAGAGCUUUGUAUGUUUGUAAAUAAACUGAAAGUUGAUGUGUGUCGAUUAUUAUUUAUUUAGUUUUUUUCUCGGUUUUUGCCUUGAGUCGAGAUCCUGAAUAAUCCACCUGCCUCCUUGCUACCAGUGACUGUUACUCUGAUGAACUCAGAACGCUACAACAUGCCGCAAUUGCGCAAGUGUUGUGUUGUUGGCUGCGAUGCUAACAACAGGACUCAUCGCCUUUUUAGUUUGCCGAAGAACGAUAAAUUACGGGAAUUGUGGUUAUCCAAACUGAUUCCUGUGAAUAUAGAGCUCAGUGGCUUGUCGAAGGGUCAGUUGGUGAACAAAUACGUAUGCCAGAAGCAUUUCGAUAGACGUCAGUUCGACGGUAUGGGUAACCGGCUUGCACACGGUUAUCCAUGCCUGUUUACUGAAAAGGAAAUACUUUAUGGGAUUCCUUUGAGCUCAUUACCUGAACAUGAUGUUGGCGAUCACAACUAUGCUUUACAACCAACCUUUAGUCCAACGGAAGUUCAACAUUCAGAAGUUUCCACUCAAAGUACAAUAAUUAAUGUCAAAGAUUACAACACAAGUGAUCACGAUUAUUAUGAUAUAAUAUAUGACAUGGAAGGGUCUCCUGAGGCAUCAACUACUUUGGAAAUUGAUGAAAUGCGGUGCUGUGUGCCCUUCUGCAAAACCACUGCGGAAGUCGUGUCCAAAUCUAAGGAGAUUUCAUUUUACGAGUUCCCCAGUGAAGCGCAGCUCCGUGCUGCUUGGCUCAGAGCCCUCUGCAUAGAAGACACUCUCCUGCCAGAGCCUGCUGUGGUCUGCUCGCAGCAUUUUCUUGACGAUGACAUGUAUGAAACAGAAAGUGGGUCAAGGCAGAUUCGUACUGAUGCUGUUCCUUCACCAGUGCUGGUCUGCAUGAUAUGCCUGGACACUCGCAGCAAGCUGUUACUGAUGAGUAAAUACAACUUGGAAGAAGCGUAUGAACAUUUAGUGGGACACCCUUUGUGUGUUCGAGGCAAGCUCAAACAAACGCUUUGUGUGCAAUGUGCCCAGAAACUGAUGAACUUUAGAACAUUCAGAGACGAGAGCUUGAGAGCGCGCUCCCUGAUGAUGGAUCUACUUGACAAACAUGAAGUGAUAACAAUACAACAUGUGAAACUGAUCCACGCCAAACACCAACUACAGUCUGACAUCGUCUCGGCGGUGUCGGAGCCCCACUACUGCGAUGUGUUCAUUGGUCACUUAGACGCGGACGGACGGACAGAGCAAGACGCGACCGAACCAGCAACCGAAACACAGGAUCCUCCCGCGUACAUUAUUCGCAAGCCUGAGUUGUUCGGAGACCGGAAUCAAGCUUUGGUCGGUCCUUCUGUACUCAUGACCACUAUCGGAGACGAAGAACAUGAAAUUGAUGCAGGCGACGAGUUGGAUAUGCCGUCUUUCGAAAAUGAUACAAACAUCGUUGAAUAUUCAAGAAAAUCCCAGGACUCUGUACUAAAACCAAAGAAAUCAUUGAUAAGUGAUGAUAUCAAUUUUCAAACAACAAGGCGAAAUGAUCCUUUUGCCAACAAACACUAUUCCCAGGAUAUAUUCAAUACAAUAGGAAACUAUACUGACCCCAUACAGUAUAUCUGUGACGUUUGCCAAAAGAUAUUUCAACGGAAAAGUUCCUUAGCUACCCACAUUAGGGUGCAUACCUACACAAACACUUUCUCAUGUAAUUUAUGUAAAUAUAAGUGUACAGACGAAAGUAAAUUAGUGAGUCACAUGAGGACUCACACUGGCGAAAAGCCUUUUGUUUGUAAAUUGUGCGAUUAUAAAUGUCUAAAAAAAGGCAAUUUAGUAAAGCACAUGAGGUCUCAUACUGGUGAAAAGACUUUCGGUUGUGAGUUAUGUAAAUACAAAUGUAAAGAAAGCAGUGGCUUAGUGAGACAUAUGAGGACUCACACUGGCGAAAAGCCUUUUGUUUGUAAAUUGUGCAAUUAUAAAUGUCUAAAAAAAGGCAAUUUAGUAAAGCACAUGAGGACUCAUACCGGUGAAAAGCCUUUCGGUUGUGAGUUAUGUAAAUACAAAUGUAAAGCAAGCAGUGACUUAGUGAGACAUAUGAGGACUCACACUGGCGAAAAAUCUUUUGUGUGUAAAAUGUGCGAUUAUAAAUGUCUAAAAAAAUGUAAUUUAGUAAAUCACAUGAGGACUCAUACUGGUGAAAAGCCUUUCGGUUGUGAGUUGUGUAAAUACAAAUGUGCAGAAAGCAGUAACUUUGUGAAGCAUAUGAGGACUCACACUGGCGAAAAGCCUUUUGUGUGUAAAUUGUGUGAUUAUAAAUGUUCACAAAGUGGUAGUUUGGUGAAUCACAUGAGGACUCACACUGGCGAAAAGCGUUUUUCAUGUAAGUUGUGUGAUUAUAAAUGCACCCGGCAUUGCAAUUUGCAGAUGCAUAUGCGUGUUCACACGGGUGAUAUGCUGUCAUGUGAUUAUUGCACGUAUAAGACUGCGAACAAAGCCUGCCUUGUGGUCCACAUUAAAAGGCAUGUGAAACUCAGAGCAGAGAUUGAGGUUAACGCGGACCGCCGACUUUAAUCAUUUACUAGCUGACGCACGCGAUUUCGCGCGCGUGGAUUUAGGUUUUUCGAAAUCCCGUGGGAACUCUUUGAUUUUCCGGGAUAAAAAGUAGCCUAUGUGCUAAUCCG